GUAGGCCUCCACACCUAGGGGGCGGCAGCAAAGCGCCAUCGCUGCGUGUCCUCUGCCAUCUUAAAGAAAAAGAAGAAGCUGUGACAGUGGUUGUGGUUUAACUUGCACAUGAACACGAAAUGGAAACUGAGCACUGACACGGAACUUGACCUCAUGUAAAGAGGCUUUUCCCCUUAGAGCAGAAGUAUGUAAAACGCACCUUGUGGCCGGCAGCGUUCACGUCAUCAUUUGGUUCAUCAUUCUGUCAUCAGACAUCUGGAGCACACCCAGACCCAGAAGGAACCCUAACACGGUCCCUUCAACAUGGCGUAUCGACAUGAUCGAAACUCAAUUAGAGAGGCAUAUGAAGGACAUUUCCCAAAAAUGGAUUCAAGAGAGGUGAACUUUCGUCAAGUAGUCAAUAUUGGUGAAAAGCGGAGCGUUGUGCCUCGGCCGGGUUCGGAGUAUGACAGAGGCUUUCAUGAUGACCAGUGGUACAGUGGUCCACGUGGUUACCAGGAUACACAAGAGUAUUACGCUGAAAGCAGUUACCCACCUGAGGAUCAUCAUUACUAUGAAGACCACUCCAACUAUGACAACUUUCACAGAAAUCCCUCACCCUCACGAAAUGAGGACACGUACUCCCAGCAGUGUUAUGCCAGAGAUGACUUGAGGUAUCAGUUAGAUUCAAGGAACAGUCGUCGACCUGGUCCCUAUUUUCGAGGCAGAGGCCGACGGGCUCGUCCUGCUCGGAAAAAAGCGGUGGACAAAAAAGCCAAAGGAGACCAAGAUGACUACAUGAGCUCUGCGUCAGCUGUACUUGCACGGCACCGCUCCCCUCUACGGAGGGAAGCCCAGAUACCUGCAUGCUCUGGGUCCAACAGCAGAAGCAGGAGUUUCUCCCCAGACAAGGCCAAAGGCUCAAAGGCACAUCAGCAGACCCAGCAGAAAAAUAAACCCAAUGUGCUGGCGAGCAGCACUCCCAGCAGCUCUGUGGAGGAGUCUCCUCACAGCUCAGGAUCUUCCAAGGAAAAAACUGCAUCUGUAGUGGAGACGCAGGAGGUGCUGGCUGCCAGCAUGGAGCCAAAGUCGACACCAGUGGACGACUCGAAGGCGGGCCGGUUGGAAGCCAUUAAGGCGAAGGCUCUGGAAAUUGAGAAGCAUUACAGGCAGGACUGUGAGACGUUUCGCACAGUGGUGAAGAUGUUGGUGGCUAAGGAGCCCAGUUUGGAUAAUCUGCUGCAGGCUCCUCUGGAUGAGAACCUGAUGGAGAUGAAACAGCGCUGCCUCGAUGCCUUCUGCAACUUUGUGAAAGAGCUGGACGAGGUAUUAGAGCAACCAGACACCUCAGCAAAAACUGCAGGUCACAAAACACAGGAGCAGUAUUAUCAAGUAGAGAAGCCUUAAAAGUCUUAUUUCGGAAAUUAUUAGAAAAAUUUCCCAAAUUUUUAUCUUGUUUUUAAUCAAAUAACGAAUUAAUUAAAAUUCAAAAUUUAUAUGUUUUAUACAAAGAACAGAGUAAACAACUGUGGGUUUUUCUUAAAGUCUUCAUAUCAGAUUAAAUAAUACCCAAAACGGAUACGCUUUUACAGUGAAAGAUGUAAUAAUAACUAUUAUGAGGAAUAUCUAAAUGGAGCCUUGUGGAGAGACAUGAACAAAACACAAUUUCCGCUGUUUUACCAUGGACAGUUAUGUGGAAAUAUCGAUCAAAUAUUAUAACAUUCACUUGGUUACAGAUGACAUUUAAACUGAUCAUACAACCAGCUAGAGUCUUGGUCUAUUAGUUGAAUCCUACUGAUGAUUUAUAUCAGGCUUUAUUUAAACAUACCGUAUGUAUUGAAGGGUCCAACUCUAUAAUGUGUUUUGCAGUGCAGCACUAUUCUGUAUAGAACAGAUCAAGAAUUAUUUGUAGAUCAUGUAUUUGUGUUUAACUGAACUUGUGAAUAUUGCCUUUUAAGAUUUUUUUGUAAAUAAAUUUUACCAUCUUGAAUUAA